AUGGCGCAGCCCCUGGACCACCACGCGCUCCAGCAGCACCAGCACCAGCUCCUCCACGGCCACGCCCUCGUCUCGUCGCUCCUCCCGCCGCCGCCAGGUCUCGAAGCCUCGACCUCGUCGGCGCCGCCGCCCGCACAGCAGCCGCCGCUCGAGCACAAGUCGGCAUCGGACGAGGACGGCAGCCAGCUGUCGCAGGGCCAGCUCAAGAAGCAGCCGGCCAAGCUCUUUCGCUGCACCGGCUUCGGCGAGUGUCAGAUGACUUUCACUCGCUCCGAGCACCUCGCGCGACACGUCCGCAAGCACACGGGCGAGCGGCCGUUCAAGUGCCACUGCGGGCGCGAGUUCUCCCGCCUCGACAACGUCCGCCAGCACGCCGCGACCGUGCACUCGGAGCAGGCCGACCGCAACGCCCAGACGAUCGCCGACCUCGUCGCGCUGCACAACCAGCUGUCGGUCUCGACCCAGCAGCGCCAGAAGGACGCCGGCAUGGUCCUCCAGGACGGUCCCGUCGCCGACAAGGGCUCGUCGCGACGGCGCGCCGACGGCGAGGUCAAGCCCAAGAAGGUGACGGCGGCCAAGAAGAAGCAGACGGCGGCCGACAAGAAGGCGCGCGAGCAGGCCGAGGCGGCCGAGCAGGCGCUCGAGCGGCAACGAGCAGCCGAGCAGGAGGCGGCGGCGGCGGCGGCGGCGGCGGCGGCGCAGCAGCAGCCCCCGCCGCACAGCAGCCCGAUGCAGCCACACUCGCAGCCUCCGCCCAUGCAGCCCUACGGCGGCGCGUACGGCGCGGCGCCGUAUCCUGUCGCGCGACCACCUCAACCUGCGCCCGCCGUCGGCAACGCCUACCCGUCGUUCGCCCCGCCGCCCCAGUACCCUUCCACCGCCCCUCCUCCCCUCGGCUACUACCAGCAGAGCGCGCACGUGCAGUACACGUCGCAGCUCGCGGCGCACCAGCAGCUGUACGCCGCCGGAAUGGCCCCGCCGCCUCCUCCGCCGCCGCACGCGCUCUCGUACGGCGACAUGUAUGGUGGCGCGGCCUAUGCGGCGGCAUACGGUCCGGCUUCGGGCGAGGCGCCGCACCCGUACGCCCCGCCGCCGCCGUCGCCGCCGCACGCCGGCCACCGCCCCGAGCCCGUCGGCCUCCCGCACCAGGACCCGUCGUCGAGCGGUCGCUACAACCCGCCGGGACCCCUGUCGUACCCGCCCGUCUCGACGCCUCAGCUCCCCGACGCCGGGCAGCUCACGCCCAACAAGAUCUCGCUCCCGAGCAUCUCGGCGCUCCUGCCCUCGCCUUUCGCCAACGGCCAGCAGGCCCAGUCGCAGCCUCAACCCGAGCCACAGCCGCACCAUGCUCCGCAGCAGCAGCACCCGCAUCAGCAGCGAGACGUCCACCCGCAGCAGCAGGUCGCCUCGACGGCCGCUCUCGACUCGCUCGAGACGGCGCAGCACCAGCACCAGCAGCGCCAGCAGGCGCACUACGCCGCCUUGAGCUCGUCGCAGGGUCGUCCUCCCGCGCAUAGCCCGUCGCCGCACCUACAGCAGCACGCCAUGCUGCAGGGCUACGGCGCCUACCCGCCCGCCGGCGUCGGCGACCUGCAGUACCCGUCUCACCCGAGCAUGGGCGCGCCGCACCCGUACGACCCCUACGCUCGACCCGGCAGCAGGGCCGGCAGCGAGAGGGAGCACCCGCCAUCGCUCAGCAACGGCUCGUCGUCGACGGCCUCGUCGUUCCAGGCCGGCUCACCCUUGCACCCGCACGUCGCCGCACCGCACAACUCGGCCGCCCAGCAGCACUACUCGCACCUGUACAACCCGGCCGGCGCGCCUCACCACUCGGCCUAUCAGUACGCUCCGCCGCAGCCUCAGCAGCCGCACGCCUACCCGUACGCGUCAGCGCAGUACCUCGCGGCAGUGCAGCAGCCGUACGGCGUCGCGCAGGGCAUGUACGCGCCGCCGCCGCCGCCGGCCAAGUACGGCGCCAUGCAGGCGCCGCUCGGCGGGCUCGCAGGGCCUUAUGGCCCGCUAUCCGGUCAAGGCGGCCGAGAGAGCUCGGAGCGAGGAGCUUAGCGCGCCGGUCGCGCAACUCGUCCCCGUUGAGCGCCUCUCGCCUCGACCUCCUCCUCCCCCUCCUCCCGACCUUCCCCUUUUCCCUUUUCGCGUCUCGGGCCUGCACUCGCACACCUCUCGCAUCC